AGCAAACUGACUCUGUCAGGCCAUGUCACUGCUGAUAACUUCCAGGACAGUCCACAUUCCAUUGAAGAAUCUGUCGUUGGCGCAAAUACCCAUCAGAAACUUGUCAACUGCCUCAAGCCAAGACCAGCCUGCCAGAAACGGCCUCCUACGUCAGACAUCCUUAAACAUGCCUCCGAAAGAGAAGCGAGCAGCAACAUCGGUCAAGAGCUACUCCACAACUCCGCCCAAAGAUAAGAAGACUCCAGCCAUACCAAGACCCAGCUCCAGUGUUCUCCUCAUCUCGCCCAACAACCAAGUGCUUCUCCUGCAACGCGUCAAGCAGUCUUCUUCGUUUCCCUCGGCUCACGUCUUUCCUGGCGGCAACGUUUCAGAGUUCCACGAUGGCCGCGCACCGGAGCCAGAUCACCCAGAGCGGCAUAAAGACAGCGAGGUGUACCGCAUGGCUGCCAUUCGAGAGACAUUCGAAGAGUCCGGCAUCGUCUUGGCGCGAAAUAACGGCUUUGGCAGAUUGAUUGAGGUCCCGCAAGACCAGCGGGAAGAAGGUCGGUUGCUUGUUCACGGCAGUAAAGUCCCUUUCGCAAAAUGGCUAUCUCAGAAGGGUGGUCGCGCAGAUACUGAAGGCCUGACACCCUUCACGAGAUGGGUUACGCCAACGAACGUGCCGAAAAGAUUCACCACUCAGAUGUACCUGUAUUUCCUACCUACACUCUCUUCGACGCCUAUCUCAGAAGGCUCUGGCAACCCCGACGAUUCCGAAGCUGAGGUCUCUAUCCCUUCGCCGACAACAGACGGCGGCAAAGAGCACACUACAGCACGAUUCUUACCUGCAUCAGCGUGGCUGAGACUCGCUCAAGAAGGGCGGAUAAUCUUGUUCCCGCCACAGUUCUUCCUCCUUCAUCACGUUGCGCAGUUCCUGGACGACCUAAAAUCUCCCUCAGAUUAUGGCUCCGUCUCACGCAAAGAAGUCCCGCGAGAAGAGUUGGAAGCGCGACGCAAGAGGCUGUUGGAUUUUGCGAAGUCCGGCGACCCUUCAUUUGUUGAAUCGUGCAUUUCUCCUACAACGAUGCCUCCUCCUUACGGGAAGAAGCGUGAAGAUGGACGACAGGUCCUUGCAUUGAACCGCCCUGGACCCGAGCUGGAAGGCACAGAUCGAAGAGGGCCUAAUGAUCAGUGUGUGUUGGUGGACUUCAAGAGGGAGGGGCCAAGGAGAUUGGCGGUCAUAUCGAGAGCUGAUGCGUUGGAGAGUGCUUCGAAGCUGUGA